GUUCAUGAAUUUGGAUAGUCACAAUCACACAAAUUGACUAGGCUAAAUUAGCUUAAUAAAAUUAAAACUUUAUGAUCCAUUAAUGAUAGCCUAAAAGUCGCGCCCCCAUGUCUUGUCAACGUCCUCUAAAUUAUUCCUCCAGGUGUCUUGGGUAGGCGAGGCUACAAGGGCAGUUCGUCGCUUUGACUUCGGGUAGGCAGGUCGAAGGAGCGGAGUGGGAAGUGGAAUAAUGCACCUGUUCUUCGCUGUUGGUCGACCCCGGUGACUACAGUACCCACGUAACAUUGCGCUGUCUCCCUCAUUCUCUCUUGCUCCGUGCUCUGCGCCAGUCUGUUCGAGGAACCAGUUCGCUUGGCCUUUUUUCUGCCUUCUCACUGUUGCCUGGUGUCAACCUACACCGAGAAGCGACAUCCCUCCCUCUUCCCCCCUCAGAGGUUGCUUCCAAUUUGCUUUCGCCUUUCUUAUCGUCACUACCAUUGGCUUCUGCGCUGCCAGUCAGUCGCUUCCUUUUAGCAGGAGAGUUGAGUAGCAACAGCUCGGAAACAUCUGGCUGCCGCAGCUAUUCGCUCCCCGCUCGCUCGCUUGCCCCGUCUUUCCUGCUACUGCAGGUUGUUAUGGAAAGCUGUUGAAAGUCAAUCUAGUUAUUUUUCAACCGAGGAGGAUCUGAAGGAGGAAACAGGAACAUAUCGGAUCUCGCUGUCUUUCACUCCCUCAUUGCAAAGGAGUUGCCUACAGCCUGCUUCACUGUCACACUGGACUGAAGCAAGUUCAUGUAUACUGCAGGUUAUGAAGACAGCAUGGAGUUCCCUGACCACAGCAGGCAUCUCCUCCAGUGUCUGAGGGAGCAGCGGCACCAGGGCUUCCUGUGCGACUCCACGGUGCUGGUGGGCGAGUCCCAGUUCCGGGCGCACCGGGCCGUGCUGGCGUCCUGCAGCAUGUACUUCCACCUCUUCUACAAGGACCAGCUGGACAAGCGCGACGUGGUCCUCCUCAACAGCGACAUCGUGACGGCGCCGGCCUUCGCCCUGCUGCUGGAGUUCAUGUACGAGGGCAAGCUGACCUUCAAGACGCUACCCGUGGAGGACGUGCUGGCCGCCGCCAGCUACCUGCACAUGUACGACAUCGUCAAGGUGUGCAAGAAGCGGCUGAAGCAGAAGGCCACGGCCGAGGCGGACAGCACCAAGCGCGACGCCGACGACGCGGCGUCCAGCUGCUCGGACAAGGCCGAGAGCUUCUCGGAGGGCGGCAGCACGGGGAGGCCGGCCACGGCCGACCUGCUGCUGGCCAGCGACGACGACGAGGCGGCGGACGUGAAGCGGGAGGCGGCGGCGGGCAUGUGGAUGCGGCUGACCUCGUCGGAGCGCGCGGCGGGCACGCCGGCCACCGCGUCCAGCCCCGGGCAGGGCGAAGGAGUCGGAGCGGGCGCCGUGGGCAGGAGGCGGGCGGCCGACAGCAGGAAGUCGCCGGCCGGGAGCCCCAGCAGCUCGACGGGCUCGCUGUCGCGGCGGUCAGUGGCCUCGCGGAGGGUGUCGUCGGACGCCGACUGCGUGCUGGACCUGUCGGUCAAGUCGGGGCUGGCCGGAGGCCCCGGGGAGGCGGUGUCCAGCCUGCCCUUCCUGCUGGGCGGCGGAGGCGGAGGGACGCCGGACAGCCUGGUGCAGGGCGGCCUCGUGCAGGUCAAGCUGGAGAAGGACACGGGCUCGGACGACGAGGACAUGGUCACCAACGACUACGAGCUGGACAACAGCCGGGUCAAGGAGCGGACGACCUCGCCUCCCUCUCUCCUCCUGCCCGGCGGCAACAGCAACCCCACGGUGGGCGCCGUUCUGUCCGCGGCCCAGCGGCGCUUCGGACUGGAGGCUCACCUGUCGGCCCUGCGCGAGGCGGCGCUCCCCGGCGACCUGGACCGCGACGAGAAGCCCGGCGACGACGACGACAUGCUGGGCGGCGGGGGCCUGGGCGGCGACACGGCCUCGGAGCGAGCCCAGGCGGCCUCCGACGCCCUCCUGCCCUACGUCUCCAACAUGCUGGGCGGCCCGCACCCGCAGAUCUUCAUGUGCCCGCUCUGCAACAAGGUGUUCCCCAGCCCGCACAUCCUGCAGAUCCACCUGAGCACGCACUUCCGCGAGCAGGAGGGGGUCCGCGCCAAGCCGGCCGGCGACGUCAACGUGCCCACCUGCUCCAUCUGCGGCAAGACCUUCUCGUGCAUGUACACGCUCAAGCGGCACGAGCGCACGCACUCGGGCGAGAAGCCCUACACCUGCACCACCUGCGGCAAGAGCUUCCAGUACUCGCACAACCUGAGCCGCCACGCCGUGGUGCACACGCGCGAGAAGCCGCACGCCUGCAAGUGGUGCGAGCGCCGCUUCACGCAGUCCGGGGACCUCUACCGGCACAUCCGCAAGUUCCACUGCGAGCUGGUCAACUCGCUCUCGGUCAAGAGCGAGGCGCUCAAUCUGCCCGCCGUCAGGGACUGGGCGCUCGAGGACAGCUCGCAGGAACUUUGGAAAUGAGGCAGGCGAAAAACAAAACAACACACACACACACACACACACACACACACUCACUCACUCUCUCAAAUACAUCUGUGUGUUUGAGUAAAAAAACAGAAAUGAACAGAACUGCUUUUUAAGUUAUAAAGCUAAAACAUUUGAAAUGGCAUUUGUUCUGAUGAAAGGUAAGGGCAUCUAGAAGCGUAGGGGUAGGAGGGAGGGAGGGAGGGAGGGAGGGGGGAUAUCUGAAUCAGUCAUGUUUCUUUUGUGUUCUUUGCAAAACUCUUGUUGAAUUGCACUUUAAUAACACAUGAAAUGUUACUACUGAUUAGUUCUUUUUUUCCUAUGUUUGUUUUGUACAAAACACACGGACAGUUGCCCGUUAUACGUCGAUGACACGCUCCUUCAGUUUUUACUUUCCGAAAUGUGUAAAUACACACAAACAAAAAACAGAAUUCUAUACACUCCGCAAAAGCGUCGUCUGUCGUACUGAACCGUUUUCAUGACGAAUUUUUCAGGUGACACACUUACGUGGUGACAAGCUCAGAUUUCAGAUACACUAAACGGGUACUGUGAUGACGAGUAAUAUACCUGUACACACAUUUUUCUCAUUGACAGGAGAGAGGGGUGAUCUUUAGUGCACUACUAAACAUUUGCAAAAUCUCUGAUCUGGUUGUAUGUGUGUGUGUGUGUGUGUGUGUGCGUGUGUGUGUGUGUGUGUGUGUGUGUGUGUGUGUGAGUGAGAAAAAAAAAAACGUAUGUGAAGAAACUGAACACGGGGAGAUAUUGCUGGUUUUCCUAACACUCCUGUACAUUUGUUUUGUGGUUGGGAAACUUGACUGAUGGCAGAUAAUGUGGCACUCAUGCAAUGUACAGUUUCCUUUUUCAUAUCAACGGAAGCAUUUUUCUAAACAAACAGAGGACUAUCUUUUCACAAGUAACAAUUCUGUGUCAUGUUUUUUCUCCCCUUCCGCUGCAGUCCUUAAAGCCUCCUUUUUAAACUGAAAUGAAGUGUAAGGGGCACACACACACACACACACACACACACACACACGCAUACACACACACAAACACACCACACACAACACUGUCUGUUGUGUUUUUCAGAAAUUCUUUCGGAAACCGGGAUCUGUUGUUGCAUGAAGUCCAACCUGUAUAUUUAAAAAGAAAAAAGACAAAAAACAGAUUUAAAAAAUCCAAUGUGAAUUGCUGUAUUUGCUAUACACUGUAAAUGAGCAGAAGUCAAUUGCUCAUUGGAUCCAUUCUUUUUGAUUUUUCAAAUCAUAUUACUAUUACCGCUAUGGAAGUUGCAUGAAUUUAAUUUAUCUCAUGUUUUUUGUUUGUUUGUUUUAAUUUUGUUUGGCAUUUGAAAAGUGUAAUUUAAUCAGUUUUUUUGUCCUAAGUAGUUUAUUUUAUAAUCUUAAAACUUUUGAUUUUGUUUCUCUUCUCCCUGGCGAGAGACUAGGGACGUAGAGACACUCUGCUGGGCUGUGAAUUGGUGGUCUAAAUGCACUGAAGUUAGGUUUCUGCGUGUAUGUGUUCUACAGAAAGAAAAAGAGAGAGAGAGAGAGAUAACUGGAAAAAAAGAAAGAAAGCAGAGAAAGAACAAAAAAAGGUAAAUGAGUGGAAGCUUCUCAUCAGCGGUAGAAUUCAGUGUAGACUGAGCCAGUCCCUCCAAGGGGUGCCUGUGUGUGUGUGUGUGUGUGUGUGUGUGUGUGUGUGAGAGAGUGGUCUGUUAAGGUGUCCUCAUUCACACACUGGGUUGAAAGCCGCCCACCCACCCUACCUGCUGCUGUGGUGUGUGUGUGUGAGGCUACUGCUGCCCACCCAACUCAAACCGCAGGUCCCAAAUUUAUAUGUGUGUGUGUGUGUGUGUGUUUGUUUAUUCUCUUGAUUGGCACUUGCUCUGUGCAUGUCACGGCCUAUGGGGCUACAUCCCCCAGUUUAACGAGGACACCUGGCUGUAUAGACUUAAAUGAAACUUUGAACAGAACAUUGCUUUUACAUCUCUCACACUCCGUGUGUGUGUGCGUGUGUACGCACGUUUGUGUAUGCGUGUGUGCGUGUUUUAAAGAUCAAAUCUGUAUUCCUGAUAGGAUGAAUUUAUUUGGCAUACUCAGAUGCACCUUCUUAGGCUUAAUGAAAUUACCUGCGCUCUGCAAAGGAAGAGCAAAUUCUGCGUGUGUGUGAGUGUAGCAUUCUGCCCUGCUUUUCUCGACUCCUACAAGAGUCCAAGUCAGUCAUGCUGAUUACGCAUGUCGGAAAAAAGAAUUCCACUGUGCUGCAGACAGAGAUUACAAUAUGCUCUUUUUUAAAGAGCUCUUAAGUCUAAAUUAAAUUAACUUAAAUUAUGGGCUACGAGUUGUCUCUCCUCAACCCUGAGGAAACUUAUUUAAAAGUGUACAAAUGUACCUACCAAGAUAUUAAUGGUAAUAAGGACGUGUUUAGUUCAAAGACACUUAGUUCUUCGGGAGGGGUGUGUAUGUGUGUGUGUGUGUGUGUGUGUAUGUGUAUGUGUGUGGCCUGGGGACUGGCUGUCUACUCUGACCCUGAGUUUCACACACACGCAGUGUGACCGCCUCAUCUGGUGAGGAGAGUGUGUGUGUGUGUGUAUCGCUGAGCGGCGUGUGUGCUGACGUUCGUGUUUUGCACAGUUGUACCUUUUCCUCCUUGUUGCACUCACAUAAAAAGAAGUAUGGGAAAAAAAGAUCUCAUUUGUGGGUCAUUCUGUUGUUUUUUUUUUCUUUUCUUAGUUUUACAUUUCCUCUGGCUUCUACUGUUGUACAUGACCGCCUUAAUGCUACUGUAACCACACCCCCUCCAUAUCUCGUUUUGCUGUUUAUAAGGUUGUAACUGGAAAUUAUGGAAAAAAAAUGUCACUUUUUUUAUUUGAAAAUUUAUUUAUAAUUUUAUUUCACCUUUCUUAAGGAAGAGAGUCAAGCUGUGAAAUGGCGUGCUUAAACAUCUCCAUUAUAUUUCAAUGUUUUAGGUUACUUGAAAACUAUAAAAAUGUAUCUGCUGUUUGGGAGUAGAGAGAAAUAAACAAAAACAAACAAACAAACAAACAGAUAAACAUAAACAGGAAGUUAGUGAAAUGCAGGUGUCACAGUCUACACUUAGGGGAGUCUGGGAAGAUGGGGGACAGAUACGCGAGGGCGGGGGGAGGACAAUCACUGGCUGGAUUUAAAAAAGAGAGAGAACGGACGGCAGCGAGUCGGACUCUCGUCGUCUUCCCUGCUCCGCAGUUUGGGGUUGGUCAGCGUUGUCUUGUUUAUGAAGUUAGACUUUUAGCUUUGACAAUCAUAGUAUGUUUUUAUUUUCUUUUUUUUCUCUCUCUCUCUUUCUCUCAAGGGAAGUAAAUUCUGGAGCUGUUUAGUUUUGUACUUUUUUUGGUGUGCUGUUGGUGAAAUGAAAUGGAAAAAAAAAAUUUCUAAAUUGUGUGCAAACUGCAAUAAAUUAUAAGACUCUUGA